UCCUCGCACUACGAGCACCUGUGCGCGCUGCAGGACUCGGCGCCGCUGCCCGCCGUGCGCGCCUGCCUGCGGGACGGCCUGCUGGACCUCAACGCCGACCGCCUCCGCGCCGGGGACUGGGCGCCCCUCCUGAGCACCCUCAGGAUCAGUAAGGAUCUGCCCUUGAUCUCCGUCAAGAGCUUCUUCCAGCCGUGGCUUGGGGAAACAGGUUCUGACAAAAAUAAAGUUUGCAGAAGUCGUGCUCCUGCAAUAAGAUCCAAAGAUGUAACCUUCCAGUUAUGUAAAGCUCUUAAAGGCUGUUUAAGUAUAUCAAGUGUGCUAAUGAACCUGGAGCUAAAUGGACUAAUUCUGAGAGAGAGAGAUUUAACUGUUUUAACAAAGGGAUUGAAUAAAUCAGCUUCUUUGGUGCACCUGUCUCUUGCAAAUUGUCCGAUUGGAGAUGGAGGUUUAGAAAUUAUUUGUCAAGGUAUAAAGAGCUCUAUCACUCUUAAGACAGUCAACUUCACGGGGUGUAAUCUGACAUGGCAGGGAGCAGAUCACAUAGCCAAGAUCUUAAAGUAUCAGACAAUGAGAAGAUAUGAAGAAACCUGGGCUGAGAGUCUUCGCUAUAGGAGACCUGACCUUGACUGUAUGGCUGGCUUAAGGCGUGUUACGUUGAAUUGCAACACACUCAUUGGUGACCUAGGUGCAAGAGCUUUUGCAGAUGCUGUUAGUGAAGAUUUAUGGCUAAGAGCACUUGACCUGCAACAGUGUGGCCUUACCAGUGAAGGAGCAAAGGCUUUACUGACGGCGCUUGAAACCAAUAGAACUCUGGUUGUUCUGGAUAUAAGAAAAAAUCCACUCAUUGAUCAUUCUAUGAUGAAAGCAGUUAUCAAAAAAGUUCUCCAGAAUGGAAGGAGUGCUAAGUCAGAGUACCAGUGGAUAACUUCUCCAUCAGUGAAGGAACCAUCCAAAACUGCUAGACAGAAAAAGAGAACUAUAAUUCUAGGAGGUGGUCGAAAAGGAAAAGCUACUAUUCGAAUUGGAUUUGCUACAAAGAAACCUGUAAGUAGUGGAAGAAAACACUCCCCUGGUAAAGAAUAUGGUGCUCCUGAACCUCUGCCACCUGGUGUGUCUGGUUUCUUGCCAUGGCGUACUGCAGAACGUGCAAAAAGGAGCAGGGGUUUUCCAUUAAUCAAAACUCGUGACCUAUGUAAUCAGAUGCAGCAACCAGGUUUUCCUGUGACUGUGACAGUAGAGAGCCCUUCAUCGUCAGAAAUUGAAGAGGUUGAUGAUUCUUCAGAAAGUGUUCAUGAAAUGCCUAAGAAAACCAGUUUAAAACAGGAAGCAUUACAGGAAAAACUGGAGGAGUGCCUAAAGCAGUUAAAGGAAGAAAGAGUAAUAAGGCUUAAGGCUGAUAAACGAGUCAGUGAGCUGGAACAUGAAAAUUCCAAGUUAAGAAAUAUAAAUUUAUCUUUGUCUGAAGCUCUUCAUGCACAGUCAUUGACAAGCAUGAUCCUGGAUGAUGAAGGUGUUUUGGGAAGCAUUGAGAAUUCUUUUCAGAAGUUUCAUGCUUUCUUGGAUCUCCUUAAAGAUGCGGGGCUUGGGCAGCUUGCCACAAUGGCUGGUAUAGAUCAGUCAGAUUUUCAUUUAUUAGGUCGUCCUCAGAUGAAUUCUACUAUUACUAGUCCACCUAAAGAGGAAAAGAAGGCACUUGAAGAAGAAAAACCAGAACCAAAUCAGAAUGCCCUAGGACAAAUGCAAAAUAUCCAAGUUUCUAUUUGUAUGCAGUCAGCUUACAAUGAAGGAACACUAAUGAAGGUACAAGUAUUGAUACAGAAGACUUUUAAAAUAAGUAAUCCAGACGUAACUAACAGGCAGUACCUGGUUCUGGGAAUGGGAGGGGAAGCCUGUCUGCUCAGGAGUCCCCUGCUGCUUUUCCUUUAG